AUGGCGAGAACCCUAGCUCGUUCCACCGCUUCACGCGUCGCCAAGCGUUUCUUCUCCACCUCCGGAGCCACCACCGCUAGUUCUCCAUCUUACCUUCUCUCCCGUCGAUCAACUCCGGCGAUCUCACAUGCCGUCGGAUUCGUCUCCUCCUUGAAUCGUUACACAACGAUUCGGACUCGGAUGGAUAGGUCCGGUGGCUCGUACUCUCCGCUCAAAUCUGGUUCGAAUUUCAGCGAACGACCACCUACUGAGAUGGCUCCGCUCUUUCCUGGCUGCGACUAUGAGCAUUGGUUGAUCAUCAUCGAUAAACCUGGAGGCGAAAACGCCACGAGGCAGCAAAUGAUUGAUUGCUAUGUUCAAACCCUAGCCAAAAUUCUCGGAAGUGAGGAAGAAGCUAAGAGGAAGAUAUACAAUGUAUCAUGCGAAAGGUAUUUUGGAUUUGGCUGUGAAAUUGAUGAAGAGACAUCAAACAAACUUGAUGGACUUCCUGGUGUUCUCUUCGUUCUACCAGAUUCUUAUGUUGAUCCAGAAUACAAAGACUACGGAGCUGAGCUUUUUGUGAAUGGAGAAGUAGUCCAACGACCUCCAGAGAGACAGAGAAGGAUCACUGAGUUAACGACACCGAAAAGCAAUGAUAAACCAAAGUACCACGACAGAACCAGAUAUGUCCGAAGAAGAGAGAACAUGCGUUGA